AUGGCAACACCAAAAGCCAUGUUGUCUAGAUCUCGUAGUCGGGCUACACCGGUUACGCGGAUCUUUGUGCGCCAAUCUUCCACAUCACAAGGUCAAAAUUGGGCCGGUCGUCCAUUCGAUGUCGCCAAAGACAACGUUGCGCAACUGGCGGCCAGUCCUCGCCGGGCUUUGACACUGGCAGAUUUACUCAAACACGGACGUCCCCCUCUGUCCAAAGACGCACUUUUAGCCUCGGCCAACUUCACUCUCUCGCUGCUGCCCGCCCGUCUGGCAUCUCGAAUCCAAGCCCUGCGAAAUCUCCCUUAUAUUGUGGUUUCAAACCCCCACGUCUCCAAAAUUUACCAUAAUUACCUCCACUCGCUGUCGACUCUCAUACCCUACCAGCAGCGCCGAAUCACGACACUCGAAGAGGAAAACCAGUUUGGAGAUGUGCUUGCAGACCUCGUACAGACACACACAAACACAAUCCCAGUUCUCGCACGUGGUUUCCUAGAGUGCAGGAAGUACGUCAGCCCAGCCGAUGUCACGCGCUUUCUGGACACGCAUCUGCGCGCUCGUAUCGGCACGCGUUUGAUUGCCGAGCAACAUCUGGCUCUUCACUAUGCCUCUCAGCCUGUCGGCGAUACGCCCUCUGGGACAACGGCCGGGUCAACAAACCAGAGCAAGAUCCCAUCAAAUUACAUUGGAGUCAUUGAUACAGCGUUGCAGCCAGCAAACAUCAUUCGGCUGUGUGAAGACUUUGUCGGAGAAAUCUGCGAGUUGAAGUAUGGCGUGCGACCGACGUUGAAAAUCGGAGGCCAACCCGAGGCUGCGUUUGCUCACAUCCCCGUGCACAUCGAGUACAUCAUCACGGAGUUACUGAAGAACGCGUUCCGGGCAACUAUCGAGAACGGGAAUGAGCGGGAGCCUAUCGAAGUGACUAUUGCGGCUGCCCCAGAUGUCCCUGGAAAUGAGCGCCCAGUCCAAGGCGAUACCGAUAUUGGAUUUGAAUUUGAUGCGGAGAGUGAACGAGGGAGCUCACCUGAGCCCACUGGGAACUGGAACCCGUCUUCUCAGAGCAUCACAAUUCGCAUCCGUGAUCGUGGUGGCGGUAUCCCACCUGAAGUUCUGCCUCAUAUCUGGUCGUAUAGCUUUACGACGUUCUCGGAUAUGGAUUUUCAGUCCUCGGAUAAUGGCAUGGAUGCUUUGAAUACUAUUUCUGCUAACAGUGGGCACCUCAGCAGUAUUGCCGGCCUUGGUUAUGGAUUGCCCUUGAGCCGAGCUUACGCGGAAUAUUUCGGUGGCAGCAUCGCCGUGCAGAGUCUUUGGGGAUGGGGCACAGAUGUCUAUUUGACACUGCAGGGAGUUGGCAGAAUCGAUUAA